AUGCUAUCUCGAGUCAUAUUUUCGCUACUUACGCUUGUGCUGCUCAUAUCUGCCGAUCCUUCCAUGGACGAAUUGGAAGGUACUUGGACUUCGAAAUCCAACACAGUUUUCACAGGACCAGGCUUUUAUGAUCCAGUAGACGAAUUGCUUGUGGAACCGGAUUUACCAGGAAUCUCAUAUUCAUUCACCAAAGAUGGCCAUUAUGAAGAGGCAUUAUAUAGAGUUGUUGGAAACCCUAAAAACCAUUCAUGUCCUGUUGCAUCCGUUACUUAUCAACACGGAAGUUACGAAAUUUUGGCAAACGGCUCUGUUGUGUUGACUCCUAUUGCAGUUGACGGAAGACAGUUGCUAAGUGAUCCAUGUAACCAAGAGGAUCCAAAUACGUCAACAUAUACUAGAUAUGUGCAAGCUACUAUGUUUAAGACUUUCCAAAGAUAUGUUGACCCAUAUCACGGAAGAUGGACUUUACAAAUAUAUCAAUUUGACGGAUCUAAGAUGCAGCCAUUGUAUUUGGCCUAUAAACCUCCUUUAAUGUUACCCACAAGUGCUUUAAAUCCCACAGAUGCUGCUUCUGAAACCGAUUCAGCAUUAGGUUCCACCAGAAACAAAAUCAAACGUUCUUUGGAAAACCAGUAUAGAACCAAUGCUAUAAGGCAGACCUCUACCGAGUCUUUUGAUAAAUACUGGUGGAUUAGUGUUGUAUGUUUAGGAUUAGCAUCUUCUUACAUGUUCUUAAAGUAG